AUGGGAUCAAUUGAUGAAAAUCAAUUAAGACGAGAGGGCCGAGUGAUUGGUGGUGAAGAUGCCUCUAUAGAUGAUUUUCCGUGGCAGGUGUCGCUCCAGAAGUUUUCCAUCAAUGGUAUUGUUCCGAUUCCUCACUACAGACACUUAUGUGGCGCCAGUAUUAUCAAUCACGAUUGGCUUCUUACGGCAGCCCACUGUGUGGACGGACUUGUCAACCAAAUACUACCGAUGCAAUUACGAGCCGUCAUCGGCACUGACCUGUGGAGGAAUGCUCUAAUACAGCCAUCCAUUCAAGUGUUGUCUAUCUCUAAAAUUGUUGUCCACGAGAACUGGGAUGAAAAUGUUGGCAAAAAUGACAUCGCAUUGCUCCGCACCAGUCGUCCCAUAAUAUUUAGUGACAGAGUUAACAGUAUUUGUAUUCCGGACUCAGAUCUUAAUGUUACCGAUAAUGUUUUGGUGACCGGUUGGGGCAUGACUUCCGAUCGUUCAUUAUUGGCCAACUUUUUGCCGAAUCGGCUGAAAAAAUUGGAGAUUCCUAUUGUCGAUAUGAGCCGAUGUCGGAAAAUCUAUAACUUUCAAAGUUAUCAAAUCACUGAUAAUAUGCUGUGCGCCGGAUCAUUCAGAAAUGGCCACUGCAUUGGUGCUUAUAUGGGUGACUCAGGUGGACCAUUGAUUACCUACGUUGAUGGACGUGCCUAUCAAAUAGGUUUGGUCUCAUUUUCAUUGCCCUGUCGUACGUACGCUGCGCCCGAUGUCUACACCAAAGUUAGCAAAUAUUAUAAAUGGAUUGAAACAAACAUUGACUAA